AUGAAGAAGAAUGAUCUCGAGAGGGCAAACCUUAUGGUAUCUUAUCCUCUGUUUUCAUGGUUUCUUCUCUGCUUACUAACAGCGACAACAGCUGUUUCAGUUCAGCCAACGUGUAGUUUCCCGGCGAUAUACAACUUCGGAGAUUCUAAUUCCGACACCGGAGGAAUCUCCGCCGCUUUCGAGCCCAUCAGAGCUCCGUACGGUCAAGGCUUCUUCCACAAACCCGCCGGACGAGACUCUGACGGUCGUCUCACCAUUGAUUUCAUAGCUGAGCGUGUGGGUCUACCGUAUUUGAGCGCAUACCUUAACUCGUUAGGAUCAAACUUCAGACAUGGAGCAAACUUUGCGACAGGUGGCUCAACCAUCAGAAGACAGAACGAAACCAUCUUUCAGUAUGGGAUUAGCCCAUUCUCUCUCGAUAUGCAGAUUGCUCAAUUUAAUCAAUUUAAAGCAAGAUCUGCACAACUCUUCACACAAAUGAAGAUAAGAUCUGACAGAGAGAAGCUUCCAAGACAGGAAGAGUUUCCAAAGGCUUUGUAUACUUUUGAUAUCGGACAGAAUGAUCUCUCUGUUGGGUUUCGUACAAUGAGGUUCGAUCAACUUAAGGCGACGAUACCAGACAUUGUGAGCCAUUUAGCUUCUGCUGUCCGGAACAUAUAUGAGCAAGGAGGAAGAACAUUUUGGGUACACAACACAGGUCCUUUCGGUUGUUUACCGGUGAACAUGUUCUACAUGGGCACUCCUGCGCCGGGCUACUUGGACAGAGCUGGCUGCGUCAAGGCUCAGAACGAAAUGGCCAUGGAGUUCAACAGAAAGCUCAAGGAAACAGUCAUCAGUCUCAGGAGAGAACUCACCAAAGCAGCCAUCACUUACGUUGAUGUCUACUCUGCCAAAUACGAAAUGAUGAGCAACCCCAAGAAACUAGGAUUUGCAAACCCAUUGAAGCCAUGUUGUGGCUACCAUGAGAAGUAUGACCAUAUCUGGUGCGGGAACAAAGGGAAAGUGAACAAUACCGAGAUCUACGGCGGAUCAUGUCGCAGCCCGGCAGAGGCAGUGAGCUGGGAUGGAGUUCAUUAUACCGAAGCUGCAAGCAAGUACGUGGCUGACCGUACUCUCGGUGGUUUGCUCACAGACCCUCCAGUUCCAAUAACCCGAGCUUGUUAUAGACAGUGA